AACAUUGAAGUAACGUCAAGUCAACAGCACACUCGUUUCACGGUUUCAAGUAUUGUUGACAAAACAUAAAAUUUUCUUUUAUUUUACAACUCUCUACGCUAUAUUUAUAUCCACUCUCUUACAAUGGGCGAAAGAUACAACAUUCAUAGUCAACUUGAGCAUCUUCAGAGCAAAUACAUAGGUACAGGGCACGCUGACACCACGAAAUACGAGUGGUUAACGAAUCAACACCGUGAUUCUUGCUGCAGUUAUAUGGGGCAUCCGGAUUUACUGAGUUACUUUGCCAUUGUUGAAAACGAGUCGAAGGCCCGCGUUAAGUUCAAUUUGAUGGAAAGAAUGCUUCAGCCUUGUGGACCACCCCCAGAAAAACCCGAAGAUUAGUAAAUAAUUUGAUAGUUUAGGUUUAAGUGGUAUCUCAGUCAAAUGUGAAUACUUUUAAUAUAAUUCGUUCUAAGUGA